UAAAAAGAAACCCUAGAUUUAAAUUUUCACAGGCCCGUCCUUCAUUCAAGUUCACCUUGUUUCCUCUCUCUAGGUAACCAAUGGAGGAUGAACUCGUGACGCCAGCGAAAAAGGUACUUGUUGAACUCGGAAAACUUGCUCAGAAACGAGGAAUGCAGGGUGAUAGAAAUAUAGGUUCCAGCGUAAGUGAUCCUGCUAGGAGGUCCGAUGAUGCAUUAUUUUCGUGAGAAUGAUCAGAAGGUAACGAUUCUUGUUGUGAGAAGCCUUUGUAUUGGCUUAUGUUGUCUCAGUCUUUUGUGUUAAAUUUAUGUUAAUAUGGUGGAUGUUGUGUCCUAAGGCUUAGUUUUUUGCUAACGUACUACGAUGACAUCUAAAACGUGUUGUGUUGGAGCAAUUCAGAAACCCAUCUCCAGAAAAUGAAACUCCUGAGCAGAUCUUUUGUUCUCAUUCUUAUGAUUUUGGCUGUGACUGAAGCUGUGGUCAAGGUGUGUGUCGUGGAUCAUGAUCUACAGAAAUCCUUGAAGAAACUAUUGUCACAUAAAACUAUCUUGAUGGGGCUCAGUUUAAAUAAUGAUCUGAAAGCUCUAAAGCUAGACCACGCAAGAGUGAUUGACACUUCCUAUAUCUUUAGAUAUUCGGAUGGACCUAUUUUCCGAAGACCUUCUGUGCAUAAUUUGUGCAAGGUUAUGAACUCAGGAAGAAAGGUGUGCCAAUUGUUUAGAUGAUGCACUUGCAGUCAUGAAACUCACUCUUGCUGGGAUUGAGCAUGGAGUUUAUAAUAUAUCCUUCACACUAGGAUGCGAAGCAAGACAUAUAUUACUGAUAGGUAUAAUUUUUAUGUGUCUCAUCUCAUGCUUAAUUUCUCAUUCUCUCUUUGUUGAAACUAUAGGUGCUGGAAACUGAGAUGGCAAAGCUACUUCUUUAUAGAAUACCAAUCAAUAUACCUACUGAAGAAUUAAAAACUCAUGCCCGGGGACUUCACAGUUGAAGUCAAGGUUAAGUAUAUUAACGGGAAAUGUUCUAUCUAUUUUGUGAGAUUAUGGUAGAAAACAGUACCCAUAAUUUGGCUGGUUAAAAUGGGCUACCGUUACUUUUGGUACAUAUACUUAAUUUCUAGAGAUGAUUAUAUGGGCCUCAUUCAAGUCUUGCGUCGGUAAUAUACUAAAAAGGAAGAAUUGUGGGUUUUUUGGUAAAGAUUGUUUCUUCAAAUUGCCAGAUAACACCAAUUCAUUUUCUGUUUGGUGCUGCUUGAUAGUUGAUACUUGCGUAUUUGUAAAAUUUCUUCACCAUCAGCAUCUUUUGAGAGUUUCUAAUACUGUGAGCCAUUUUCUAGCAGGCAUCUAAGAAAGCUCGAGCAGAAAAAUAUUGUGCGUUUGCUAUCAUCAAGAGUCCAUGUGAUGCACCUGUUCCUUUUUGAGGUUUUGAGUAUCGCGGAUCAUAUUAGGAGCAAGUGAGAAUGAGGUGGUGGAGGUGGCAGGCAAGCUAUAUUUUGGAAAGGGGAUCGUGGCCAUGAUAACCGGAAAGCUCAGCGGCUCAGCCCGUCUACCGGGGUUUUUGGCUGGCCUGGGCAAAAAUUUGUUACCCCAUGCCCCAUGGGAUGGGCUUGAUAAAAAAUACUUUUUUGUAGAGACGGGUCUGUCGCUUUUGGUUAAGGGCCCGCUAGCUAAUUUUUCAAAUGUGUUUGUAACUGAUGUUAUUCAUGGGCUUGGUUACGUAGGAUUAGAAUUCUUGGGU